AUGUCCAUCGACUUCUCCUCCUCCGGCCCCCCACACUCCCUCUACUCCCAGCAGGACAUCGACCCCUUCAACUCCCUCCAGAAUGCCGACCUCGCGUCCUCCGCACAGAACCAGCACCAUCCCAACUCCCAGUUGCACAUCAACCCUCAUUCCCUCGAUCGCGUAGACAACAUCGACCCUGCAGAUCACCAAGCGUACGAUCUGUUUAACCCCGCUUCCUCCUCCCACCGUUUCCGCCAGACGCCCUCCUCUUCUGCUCCCCUCACGCCCUACAAUGGUCUCGUCGACUCCAUCUACUCCCCAGGGCCCUUCCCAGAUCCUCUGCCGUCCUUCAACUCCCCCAACGCCAACCCUUAUGACAUGCUCAGCAGCCUCUCCUCCUCCUCCUACUCCAGCGGCAAGCCCUCCCCGCUUACUCCCUCCGACGGCAUACCCUCCCUGCACUAUUCCCCUGGCGGUUUCCCGAACCAGAACAAAGACUUCCAUUCCACCUUUCCAGACGUCCAGGAUCGUCGCAUGAGCAACGUCAGCACCGGCAGUUACCAAUCUGAAUACAACACCGACUACGGCGCCAUGGGCAUCAACUCGGCCAUGGGCAUCGGCUUCCCUCCGUCCCAGGUCCAUCAAUUCCAGGACCGCCUGCGCAUGCAGCCCGACACGCGUUUCUCUGGUGCCAUGGUCUCCUCCAUGCAGGGCAGCUUGCCCGCCCACUUGCACCAAUCUCACCCCGCUGACCUCAUGCGCGGCGUCAAUCCCCACGCGACCCAUGCCUUCAGGUCAGAGGGCAUGUCUUACGACGACCUGCCGGCGUAUAUGACGCCCAACCCGCACGUGGAUUUCCCUAUACGCAUCCCCAGCGUGGACGAGACCCUGUCGCGCAUGCGCCUGCAGUCUACUGAUCUGCAGACGUUCAUACGCCCGUAUCUGGAUCAAUAUGUGCGUACCCCGAACCGUCUCGCCUUUGGCGAGCGCACCGUGAUAGUGAUGUCCAGCAAGGUUGCCCAAAAGUCUUACGGCACGGAGAAGCGCUUCCUCUGCCCUCCGCCAACGGCCAUUUUGAUUGGGAAUUCGUGGUGGUCGGACGUCAUUCGUCGCGGAGAAGAGCCCAAGCUGUGCCCGCCGCGGGUCGUCGUCUCCAUUUCUGGGGAGCCUGCUCCGCAGGAAGGCUCGGUCGAGUGGUGCGGUGGCGCCGGGAAGCCGUUCGACACUGCGGACCCGCCUACAGGCACGACCUUCAUUGGCCGCUGCGUCGGAAAGCAGCUAUUCAUCUCGGACGUUGACGAAAAGAAGAAGAAGGUCGAAGCGCUCGUUAAGAUUAUGGCCCCUUCCGCGGAUGACGAGCCCGAGCGCGUGAUAGGCACUUUCCCAAGUCGCUCUAUCAAGGUCAUCAGCAAGCCGAGCAAGAAGAGGCAAAGCGCCAAGAACCUAGAAUUGUGCAUCAAUCAUGGGUCUACGAUCUCGCUGUUCCACCGUCUUCGCUCGCAGACGGUAUCUACGAAGUAUCUCUGCGUUUCUGGUUCGGGGUCGUCCUUCAAAGGAUCGGACGGUAAUCCCCUCAUGGGCCUCGACCAGCGUUCGCGGUCGACGACGCCGUCGUUCAUCGCCCGCACUGCCAGUUGGGAUCCGUUCAUCAUGUACAUUGUGGAUGUGAACAAACCCGCUGGUGGCGUAGACGCGCCGCCGCCGCCUCCGCUGCAGCCGGACUACCCGUCACCCCCUCCAAACGCGAUCCCGUCCACGAACAACGGGUCGCAAAUUCCGAUCUACUACAAUCAGACGGUCGUCCUGCAGUGCCUCACCUCGGGCGUGGUCAGCCCCGUGCUGAUCAUCCGCAAGGUUGACCACCAGACGACGGCCGUCGGCGGCGGGCUGCAGGAGGGCGCCAAGGGCGUCGCGGACCACUAUUGCGUGCCCGGCGAGGUGUGCGGCGACCCCGUCUCGCAGCUGCACAAGAUCGCGCUGGAGGUGUACGACGCGAGCAAGGCGCUGCCCGAGCCGGGUAAGCUCGGCCUCACUGGCGCGUUCCUCUCUUGCCUGGGCGAGAAGGUGAACACGUAUCGUCCGGUCGAGGGGCGCGCAUGGGCCGCCCCGCAGAACGUGCCCGCUGCGCGAGAGAGCGGCUCGCCGAUCGCGAUGCCCGGCUCGCCCGCGGCAAGCACGCCGACGUCGAGCUCCGGCUCCGCGGACUACUUCAAUGGCACGGGCGGCGUGAGUAGUACGCCGACGUCGCCCGACCCGGCCGAGUUCCCGUCCAAUGACGGCGGGCGCGUCAAGAAGGGCAAGCGCGGGUCGUCCAGCGGCGGCGGGCUCUCGAAGCCUGCGUCACAGAAGGGCCGGCGCCGGCCGACGUCGGCGGGUUCGGCGGGAUCCAGCCGGCGGGGCUCUGCCAGUGAUGCCGGCGCGUCGUCCGGCGCGCUCUGGCAGGUCGACAUCGGGGAGACGAGCGUGUGGACGAUCGUCGGUACCGACCAGAUCCGGUACAACUUCUACGUCCCAGCGGUGCUGUUCGACAAUCAGAACGCGCCGCCGACGGGCUCAUUCCCGACGCCGUCGAAGCCGGUGACGCCGUUCCCGGGCGUGGUGAAGUACCUCCCGCCCGACCGCGCGUCGGAGGCGCCGAAGCAGCACAGCGUGUCGUCGCGCGGCGGGCUGGCGAAGCCGAAUCCGCACGCGUCGAAGAUGCUGACGGUGUACGGCGAGAACUUCUCCAAGGCGGAUCCGUUGACGGUGUUCUUCGGCUCAGAGCCGUCGCCGUACGUCGAGGUGCGCUGUGCGGAGGUGCUGGGGUGUCUCCCGCCCGACUCGCAGAGCACGAAGCGCCGGCCGAUCAUUCUCGUGCGGAAUGACGGGAUCGUGUUCCCGUCGAACGUGUUCUAUCCUUAG